AUGGAGCGCGAAAAGACGAGGCUCGAUAGUCCGUCUCUCUAUACUAUCGGUUGGAUCGCGGCCCUUGCCAUCGAGCAGGCAGCAGCAAGGGCACUUCUGGAUGAGGAGCACUCUGAACCAAAUAACUUUCACCCAUCUCCUUCGGAUACAAAUAAUUACAUCUGGGGCAGAAUAGGACAGCAUAACAUCAUUAUAGCUUCUCUACCAGCAGGAGUGUAUGGAACAACCUCCGCUGCCACCACCGCCUCGGACCUUGUACAUUCUUUACCGCAAAUCCGUUUCGGUCUCUUAGUCGGUAUUGGUGGAGCUAUACCCGGGCCUGACGAUGAUCAGGAUAUCAGACUUGGUGAUGUUGUCGUUGGUCAGCCGCAUGGUGUGACUGGCGGUGUCGUGCAGUAUGAUUUUGGCAAGGCGAAAGCGAAUGGGGUUUGGAAACGGACAGGUUCGCUUGACAAACCACCUGCAGUGCUAUUGAAAGCUCUGGCGAAUUUACAGGCUGAGCAUGAGAUUCGACCUUCUAAGAUACCACGACUCCUCGAGGUUAUGCUGAAAGCUAACCCUGGCAUGAAACGACCCGGCAGUAACUUCACCUACCAGGGCUUUGAGAACGACCGACUUUACCCAUCCGACUAUGACCACGUUGGCGGGAAGACAUGUGCGAAGUGCGACAUCUCUCGCAGGAUCUGUCGCGAGGAACGGGAAACCACAGAGCCGAUGAUCCAUUACGGAGUUAUUGCUUCGGGCAAUAGUCUUAUCAAAGACGCCAAGUUCAGAGAUAGCUUAGCACAGAGCAUAGGCCAUCGAUGCCUGUGUGUUGAGAUGGAAGCUGUAGGCCUGGUUGAUAAGUUUCCAUGCCUUGUUAUUCGUGGUAUUUGCGAUUAUGCCGAUAGCCAUAAGAACGAUCAGUGGCAGAGAUACGCAGCAUCUACUGCUGCAGCAUUUGCUGUCGAGCUUCUUAGCCAUGUUCCCACGCGGCAACUCGCAGAGUCUCCAAGAGUCCUCGACAUAUUACAAUCACUGGAAGGCAAAGUGGACUCCAUGAGCCAUCAGAUACAGCAGACCGAUCUACUAUCGACCCUUGAGAAGCUGCCCUUUGUAGCUGAAGCCCUAUUCAACUCUUACGCCGAGGAACAUAGCCCCACGUGCCUACCAGAGACACGAGUUCAACUUCUCGCUGAUAUUGACGAGUGGAUCAUGAGUGCUGAGUCAAAGACCAUAUUCUGGCUUAAUGAACAGUUUGAGAAGCUUAUCAAAGAGCCUCUCAAGGAAUUGGCAGUUUCUUCAUCAUGUCCGAAUUCUCUUGUCAUCGUCAUAGACGCCCUCGAUGAAUGCGAAGAGGAAUUUCAUAUCAAGCGCCUGCUGUCACUUUUCACUAAACUGGAGUACCCAGACUCGCUUAAACUCAGAGUGUUCAUUACAAGCAGACCAGAACUUCCGAUUCAACUUGGAUUCCUGGAUAUCAACGGCAUGUACCAGGGCCUGGUACUCCACAGUAUUUCACGAGAUAUCAUGGAGCAUGACAUAUCUAUCUUUCUCCGUCACGAGUUGGGUGGCAUACGAAAGAGCUUCAAUCAUAUGGCUCGGAGUGAUCAGCGGCUAGCUGAGCAGUGGCCGGGCGCCGUCAAGAUUGGACAGCUUGUUUCGAUGACACAACCCCUGUUUAUCGCAGCAGCAACUAUUUGUCGAUUCUUGAACGAUGCUGCUCUUGGUGGCCCUGAUGAACUUCUGGCUAGGAUUCUUGAGUCAAGCAGCCGUACGCAUAUGUCUCGGCUCCACGACAUCUAUUCCUCCAUUCUCGCCUCACAGGUGGUCAAUAGACCAAGGAGAGAGCGAGAAGAGAUCGACAAAAGCUUCCAAUUAAUCGUUGGCGCCAUCGUCACCUUAGCAGCGCCGCUAACAAUCCAUUCUCUGUCAGCAUUGCUAAGUAUCCCUGCUACGACAAUUGAUAUGAGGAUCAAGGUUCUUCAGUCCGUUCUGGACGUGCCGAAAUCCCCGGAAAUCCCCGUCAGGAUUCUGCAUCUAUCAUUCAGGAAUUACCUCGUGGAUCCUGAUCUACAAGGAUCUACGGACUUCUGGGUGGACGAAAAGGCCACGCACAGGAGACUGGCAAGUCGUUGCCUCUUCGUCAUGGACUCGUUACUUCGUGAAAACAUAUGCAGACUACCUUUUCCGGGAACAUCUCCAUCUGAGGUUGGAGGCCUGGACCCUCACAAGUACAUACCUCCGGAGCUUCACUAUGCUUGCCAUUAUUGGGUACACCAUUAUGUAUCCUCCAACGCCGGAGAGUACGAGGCUCUUGAAAUCUAUCCUUUCUUGGAAAAACACCUGCUCCAUUGGUUGGAAGCCAGGUACGGUGCCUUCUUCACCCUCAAUGGGCUCUACUUACGACAUUAG